UCCUCUCUCGGAACUCCUCCAGUCUGCGGCGGUACUUUCUGAUGGCUCUCUGCAGCUCUGCGACCUGCUGCUGCAAUCAACAUCAAUUAGUCUGCUAGCAACGAGGUAAAAUGGCAACACUGAAGACAUACCUGACUGGCAAAGAUGGAGCGGAUUAUCCUCUUGUGCCUGGUUUCCACCUGUCUCUCGGCCGUACAGGCUCAGAAAUAUUUGUUCAGCCCAAAAUGGGGCCCAGCUGGCUAUAAAGAACGUGAAGAUCGUGAUGGGACAGCGAUGGAUGAAAUCAUUAAAGCUAAUGAGUUCCAAGCUUCCCGAAUCAUAGACGGCACUACCAGUCUCCGAGAGGGAGACAUUGCUGUUUCUUCUGGAAGGCGCUCCAAAGUCUGCUUCGCCCGCAGCUGCCUCUGGUCUAAAUCGGUGGAUGGACAUGUCUAUGUUGCAUAUAGGCUCUCUGCUGAAUACAGUGAAAUGGAGACAAAGGUGAUAAAGAAAGGGAUGGAAAGCGUAGAGAAAGGUACCUGUGUGCGGUUUGUUCCCCGGACUCACCAGCGAGACUACGUCGACAUCCAGCCGAAGUCUGGGUGUUGGUCCUACCUCGGUGCGCGUGGUGGAAGACAGACCGUGUCUCUUCAGACCCCUGGCUGCCUCCGGACUGGAGUGAUCUCCCAUGAAUUCAUGCAUGCUCUAGGCUUUGUGCACGAGCAGUCUCGCUUUGACCGGGACAACUAUGUCACCAUCAUGUGGCCAAACAUAUGGAGGGAUCGGUUGAGGAACUUUGAGAAAUUCAAGACUGACAGUCUGGACCUACCAUAUGACUAUGGCUCAAUCAUGCACUUUGGGAUGUAUGCCUACUCUCAGGACGGGGAGCCAACCAUCGUUCCUAAGAGCGGCCAGAACAUGAAGGACAUAAAGCUGGGUCAGGCAUCGACUCUCAGCCACCUUGACAAGCAGAAAAUCAACAAGCUCUAUAAAUGUGGUGGCAAGGAUGAUUACUAACCAAGCUUAAUUGAGGUGAAAUGGAAGCUUAUAUAAUAAACUGAUUUUAAAUCAUGGAAAUCAUUUCAAUAAAGAUUGAUUCAAUCUUUCUAUCAGCA